AUGCCCGCCGACGCCGCCACGCGCGCGCUCGAGACGCACGCGGCGAUCGCGAGCGAGAAGUCGCCCUACUACGCGCACAGAAUCGAUCUGUUCGAUCGCUACCUCGAGCGCGAGGCGCGAAAGAUCGAUGACGCGCGGGCGAAGAGUGAACCGAUCGCGGUGACGCUCCCGGACGGCGGCGUCAAGGCUGGCGUGCGGUUCGCCACGACGCCGUACGAUGUCGCGAUGUCGAUACAUAAGAAGUUGGCGCAGAACGCGCUCGUGGCCAAGGUGGAUGGGGAGUUUUGGGACAUGCGACGACCGCUGGAGGGGGACUGCGCGUUGCAAAUGUUUACGUUCGACGACGCGGAGGGUAAGGAGUGUUACUGGCACUCGAGCGCGCACGUCUUGGGUGAGGCGCUGGAGUUGGAGUACGGAGCGGAUCUCACGAUCGGGCCGGCGAUUGAGGAGGGAUUUUAUUACGAUUGCUUUUUGGGGGAGCGAACCCUGAACCCGGACGACACGGCGACCAUCAAGGCGCGAAUGGAAAAGAUCAUCGGUGAGAAGCAAGAGUUUCAACGCAUCGUCGUCAGCCGCGCCGAAGCGUUGGAGAUGUUUGAGGAGAAUAAGUUUAAGCUCGAGUUGAUCGGUGGUCUGCCGGAGGACGCCACGAUUUCGUGCUACAGGUGUGGGCCGAUGGUGGACCUGUGCCGCGGGCCGCACCUACCGGACACCGGCCAUCUCAAGGCGGUGGCCGUAACGCAGUGCUCGCGAGCGCACUGGCGCGCGGACGUCACGAAAGACCCACUCGUGCGCGUCUAUGCGGUGACGUUUCCCACGGAUAAGCUCAUGAAGGAAUACGUGACACGCAUUGAAGAGGCGAAGAAGCGCGAUCAUCGCACGAUUGGCUUGAACCAAGAGCUCUUCUUCUUCCACCAACUCUCGCCGGGUUCGUGCUUCUUCCAAAAGUACGGUGCACGCAUCUACAACUCUUUGGUCGGCUACAUCAAAGAGAAGUACUGGGAGUACGAGUACGACGAAGUCAUCACGCCCAACAUCUACAACUUUGACUUGUGGAAGACCUCUGGGCACGCCGCACACUACAAGGAGAACAUGUUCGCGUUCCAGGUCGAAAAGGAGGAAUUCGGUCUCAAGCCGAUGAACUGCCCAGGUCACUGCGUGAUGUUCGCGCAUCGACAUAGAUCGUUCCGCGAACUCCCGAUGCGAGUGGCUGACUUUGGCGUGUUGCAUCGUAAUGAAUUCUCUGGCGCACUCAGCGGUUUGACGCGCGUGCGCCGCUUCCAACAAGACGACGCACACAUCUUCUGCCGUGAAGAUCAAAUGGAGCAAGAACUUCUCGGUUUCUUGCGGUUCUUAGACGAUGUGUACACGGUUUUCGGGUUGGAGUACGAGAUGAAGUUGUCCACGCGUCCGGAGGGAUACUUGGGCGAGUUAGAGGUAUGGGACAAGGCUGAGGCGGCGCUCACCGCUGCGUUGAACAGAAGCGGUAGAGAUUGGAAGCUGAACCCCGGCGAUGGUGCGUUCUACGGACCGAAGAUCGACAUCACCGUUUUCGAUGCCCUCAAACGUAGAUUCCAGUGCGCCACGGUUCAGCUCGACUUCCAGCUCCCCAUUCGUUUCGACUUGUCAUACGUUGAUGAGAACAACGAGCCGACGCGCCCUAUCAUCAUCCACAGAGCCAUUCUCGGUUCGGUCGAACGAAUGUUUGGUAUCUUGACCGAGCACUUUGCCGGCAAAUGGCCGUUCUGGUUGUCCCCAAAGCAAGUAAUGAUCGUUCCCAUCUCUGAUUCCGCGAGUGGCGAGUACUGCAUGGAGGUCAAGAGGAUGCUUCGCAAGGAGGGAUUCCACGUGGAGGUUGACAACUCGGACCGCAAGAUGCAAAAGAAGGUCCGUGAGGCGCAACUCGAGCAAUUCAACUAUAUUUUGGUGUGCGGCGAGAGCGAAAAGGUGAACAGAACGGUGAACGUGCGCACCCGUGACAACAAGGUUCACGGCGAGCACAAGGUCGAGGACUUGAUCACCGUGUUGAACAAGGAGCGAUCGACGCGAAGCUUGACGUGCUGCUUUGAAGACAGCGCGUAG